AUGAGAGUAAGUGUUGUGUUUGGUUCAUUGGUGCACUCAUCCUUGGAGGAAAUGGAUUGCAUUCAAGGCAAGGUGAAUUUUGACAAAUUUGGGACCAAAAUUGCUGCAAGCAUUGGAAAAUGCUAUACUUCACUUCAGCAUUUCCAUGUCUGUUGGGUUGUACUUUGUAGUCUUAAGGAGCUUUUAUCGGUAAAGAAUUUGAUGAGAUUUGCCGAUAACCAUUCAGAGCUUGUGAAGAAUGAGUUUGUUAGUAUUCUUUCUUUGUUCAUGGGUAAGCUGCUGGACAAGGCCUUCCCAAUUGUUGAGGGACAUGUUUUUCAGACACAAGGAUUUCUUGCUCUCUUCACUGGGGACACAGGUGAGAUCCGAGCAGAGGUCAGGGAACAAAUUCACACUGAAGUGGCAGAGUGGAGAGAGGAAGGCAAAGCUGAGAUUGUGCUAGGGGUCCUCUUCAUUGAUGAAGUCCAUAUGCUUGACAUUGAGUGUUUCUCUUUCCUCAACCGGGCAUUAGAAAACGAGAUGGCCCCUAUCUUGGUGGUGGCCACAAACCGAGGCAUUACGAGAAUUCGAGGCACAAACUACAAGUCCCCGCAUGGAAUCCUGAUAGACCUUCUCGAUCGACUCCUAAUCAUCUCCGCCCAACCUUACACUGAAGAAGAGAUUCGAAAAAUUCUCGAUAUUAGGUGUGACGUGGAAGAUGUGGAAAUGUCGGAGGAUGCAAAGGUCCUUUUGACAAAGAUUGGGGUAGAGACUUCUCUAAGGUAUGCUAUUCACUUGAUAGCAGUUGCUGCGCUCGCUUUCCAAAAACGUAAGGGAAAGCUCGUGGAGAUGGAAGAUAUCAGUAGGUUUACCAACUUUUCCUUGAUGUGA